UUUAACCAGCAAGCCAGCGUCUACCGCUGUAUCGCACCAGAAGCUCGGGAGGAAAUAAUCCAACGAAAGAACCCGGCUUCUCUUUAUACAGUACAGUCGUCGCUUAGCGGUCCUGCUGAGGAGCGGUCUCCAAGUACAGUCGAAGUCAUGUGUGAAGCUUUAUUGAAGCUUUAUUUAAACGGGUUGCUGUUCCCAUACCAGUUGGGAAGUAAAAGAAGAAGGAAAGUACCAGAAACUCAAGCAAGACAAGCUGUGCCAACAGGAAUCCAAAGGAGCGUUCCAGGACAGGAGCAGGUGGAGAAGCGUUACGAUCCACUAGAUUCUACCCUAAAGUUCGUCAACAGGCCAGAUGAUCUGAAUCCACUGUGUGAUGACUCUCUCAGAGCAGAGAUGUCCUGUGGCCACGCUGUCACUCCUGAAUCUCUGACGCGAUGGUGUCGCUCCCUGCUGGAUCAGGGAAAUUACAAGUUCAGAUGUCCGGCUUUAGUGGAGGGAACCAAGCAGUGUAAUAAAGAGUGGUCGUACCAGGAGGUGCGCAGACUGGCUGAUCUGACUGUGGAGGAAAUGCAGCACUUUGAAGAGAGCAUGGCCCGUCUGGCUCUUGCAGACCACUGCGAGGUUCAGGAAUGUUCACAGUGCAAAACAAGCGUGGAGAGGAUGGAUCUGUCUAACCUGUGUGUCCAGUGUGUCGUAUGCACAGCUGUUCAAAAGAAGAAAUUCUACUUCUGCUGGCAGUGUCUGAAACCAUGGAAGGGUUCAGGCCCUCGAUCUGACCGCUGUGACAAUGACGGCUGUGAGAACAAGGACCUGCAACUUCUGCAGACAUGUAAAACCAUCAGUCUGCCUGACGUAAAGGACGUCACCAGCUGCCCCGCCAUCAGACUCUGUCCUACAUGUGGCCUGAGGGUGGAACAUAACAGAAAACACUGCAAAAAUAUCAAAUGUCCUCGCUGCAAGAUGGAGUUCUGUUUUGUCUGCCUGAAACUGAAGCGUGAAUGUUCCAGUUCACCAUACACAAUGUGCCCCAGUGGGGUCGCGCCAAGGCAGACCUCCAUCCCUGUGUGGAGGAAAACUUAAAAACAAGAAUGAAGUGUAUGUGUAACUCGGGUUCUUUCGUCUAUUGGUUUCUCUGUCUUCCUUUUUCAUUAUUGGACUUAACUGGGCUGGCUUUGGAUGAGCUUGCUUAAAAAAGGAAGUUCUAGAGGUCAGGUUGUCUUUGAAUACAGUUUUUAACCAUCAAUAUUUUUAGUAACCUUUCUUAAACUGAGGCAAAAGAUGGACGGGUUAGUAUCGCUUUGAUUUUCUUGA